CGAACUAUGGUUCACAUCCUUCAACUUUUAUCCUGUAUAAAACAAGUGAUCUCUCUAGCCCAAGUCUUCAUUUCAACAAGUCCCUAAAAUGGCUAAUCCAGCACCUCCCCCCGGUGCGGCCAAGCUGAGGCACUCAGUGCUUGUAAGAACCAUUGCAAUGGUCUUACUAGCCCUAAUUGUCCUUGUGGGUGUAGCCGUGCUCAUAAUUUGGGUAGCCGUUAGGCCCAAACGGCUAGUCUACACGAUAGAAGAUGGCUCAAUCCACGGCUUUAACCUAACCAACAACCACCUCAAUGCCACCUUCAAUUUGGUGAUUCGAUCGUACAAUCCCAACAGCAAGGUCUCCAUCUACUAUGACAAGGUGGAGGUGUCCGUGUCCUAUGACGAUCAGACCGUGGCGUUCAACACUGUCGCCCCCUUCUUUCAGCCACGUCGGAACGUGACUCACUUGGGCCUGAAGCUCGUGGCUCAGGACGUGGCGCUGUAUGGAGCCGUGGCAAAGGACUUGGGGCUCGAGAAAUCGGCUGGGGAGGUGGAACUAGACGUUCGCGUGAAGGCGAAGAUAAGGUUCAAGGUUGGAGUGUGGAAGUCGAGACAUCGCACGAUGAGGAUUUUGUGUUCUCCUACUCUGGUGCACUUUUCGUCGUCCAAGAGUUUCGACAGGACUUACUGUGACAUUGAUCUAUAAGUUGCACUCGAUCAACUCAAUUGCUCUUGGGUUUAACUUUGUCAGCUAGUUUCUUUUACUGAUUUGAUUCUGUUAGUUUUCCAUUUAACGAUUCGACGACGCUUUUGUCACUUUGUUUUCCAUUUAAUUUUGGUUCUUAUGGGAUGGUGUGAUGUGAUGAUCAUUGUUGUGUUUCAUAUUUGAAGUUUGGUAUCGUGCAAGUAAGAGUAUAUAAAGGUUUGAGAAUGGUCGAAA